AUGCCUUCCAAAUUCACCGAGAUCCUCGAGCCGGGUUACCAGACGACAUCCCCUCAAGAUGAUGUCCGGCUGGAGGAUAUCAUAGGCGCUGCUAACAUGGCUCGGGCUCGAGUUUCAUCCGAAGCCAGCUCGAGAAGCACCAGUUCGUCGAGUGGUGACAGCGAACCUGCCGAGGAGAAGCCCCGACGGAAACGGCUCUCUCGCCUCUUGUCAGGCGGCAAGAAAUGGACGGCACGCACAGCAACAAUCAUGACCUAUACCCUUGACGAGCACCAAAGAGCCUUUCUUAGCGAACACUUUGCAUUUAGCAACGGCAUAUCGAACGCUCAUCAAUCUUUCAGCAAGCACCGCGAGGUCGGCUAG